GCCAUGGAGGCCACCGCGGCAGACUUGCAGCUCGUGCCAAGGGCAACCAAGGAAGUCGCUGCCCCGGACUCUGGGUGCUGUCGAGUGGCUGUCAUUGCAGUGGUGGUCACCAGUGUGGUCAUCCUCUCCCUGGGGGUCCUUUUGGCCUUCCUCUCGGCACAGGACCUGUGUGUGGAGCACAGCGCAGAGGUGCGGGGCGUGGGUUACAGUAGUGCCCUGCAGAGAGCCACCUCCGACUAUCACCGUGCGCUCACAGCCGCGCUGCAAGUGCUGUUUGUGAGCAGCUUCCAGAAGACGGAGUUAGAAGCCAGCUGUGUGGGCUGUACAGUGCUUAGUUACAGGGACGGCAACUCCAGUGUCCUUGUGCGUUUCCGGCUGCACUUCCUGCUUCGAGCCCUCUGGCCACUGAGCCUGGACUUGGAGGAGAACCUCCUGCAGCAGGGCAUCCGGGCAAGGCUGGGCCAGCAUGGUGUCCCCCUGGCUGCCUACGGCACCAUCGUGUCUGCUGAGCUCAUGGGAAGCCUCAGGGGACCAGUGACCGGAAGGGACUUCAAAUCAGGCCACUGUUCAGGGAACACCUUCUCCUGCCAGAACAGCCAGUGUGUGACCAAGGUGAACCCUGAGUGUGACGACAGAGCAGAUUGCUCCGAUGGAUCUGACGAGGCACACUGUGACUGCGGGCUGCGGCCAGCCUGGAGCACAGCGGGCAGGAUCGUGGGUGGCGUGGAGGCGGCCCCGGGGGAGCUCCCCUGGCAGGUCAGCCUGCGGGAGAACGGGGAGCACUUCUGCGGGGCCACGGUCAUUGGUGCCAGGUGGCUCGUGUCAGCCGCCCACUGCUUCAACGAGCUCCAGGCCCCGGGCGCGUGGGUGGCCGCGGCGGGCAGCACGCAGCUCCGCGGCCCCGAGGCCGUGCGCGCGCGCGUGGAGCAGAUCACCAGGCACCCGCGGUACGACGCGGACACCGCGGACUUCGACGUGGCCGUGCUGCGGCUCGGCCGCCCGCUGCCCCUCGGCCGCCGCAUCCAGCCCGCCUGCCUCCCGGCCGCCACGCACCGCUUCCCGCCCGGCAAGAAGUGCCUCAUCUCGGGCUGGGGCCACCUCAGGGAGGACUUCUUGAUCAAGCCGGAAGUGCUGCAAAAAGCCACUGUAGAGCUGCUGGACCAGGCCCUGUGUGCCAGUCUGUACGGCCACUCGCUCACCGACAGGAUGGUGUGUGCUGGUUAUUUGGAUGGGAAGGUGGACUCCUGCCAGGGUGACUCAGGAGGCCCCCUGGUGUGCGAGGAGCCUUCGGGCAGGUACUUUCUGGCUGGCGUCGUGAGCUGGGGCGUUGGCUGUGCAGAAGUGCGGCGUCCGGGGGUCUACGCUCGCAUCACCAGGCUGCGGGACUGGAUCCUGGAGGUGAUCAGCGUGGCCAGCCUGCCUGUGACUCCCACAGCAGCGUCCGUCCCUACCACCCCUAGCACGGCCUGGAUCAGCAGCCCCAAGAGCCCAAUGGCCAACACCCCCACCAAAUCCACCCCGGCCCCCAGCACUGUCGCCUUUGAUGCUGUCACUGCUGCUAAGCCCCAAGAGUGCGGGGCCAGGCCCGCGAUGGAGAAGCCCACCCGGAUUGUGGGUGGGUUCGGGGCUGUGUCAGGGGAGGUACCCUGGCAGGCCAGCCUGAAGGAAGGUUCCAGGCACUUCUGUGGAGCCACCGUGGUGGCUGACCGCUGGCUGCUGUCUGCUGCCCAUUGCUUCAACCACACAAAGGCAGAGCAGGUGCAGGCCCACCUGGGCACCGUGUCCCUGCUGGGUGUCGGUGGGCGCCCCGUGAAGCUUGGGGUGCGGAGGGUUGUGCUGCAUCCCCGUUACAACCCCACCAUCCUGGACUUCGAUGUGGCCCUGCUGGAGCUGGCCAGGCCUCUGGUCUUCGACAAGUACAUCCAGCCCAUCUGCCUCCCCCUGGCCAUCCAGAAGUUCCCUGUGGGCAGGAAGUGCGUGAUCUCAGGCUGGGGUAACAUGCAGGAAGGGAACGCCACCAAGCCAGAUGUCCUGCAGAAGGCAUCCGUGGGCAUCAUAGACCAGAUGACCUGCAGCGCGCUGUACAACUUCUCCCUCACUGACCGCAUGCUCUGUGCUGGCUUCCUGGAAGGCAGAGUGGACUCCUGCCAGGGAGACUCCGGGGGCCCCCUGGCCUGUGAGGAGAGCCCUGGCGUCUUCUAUUUGGCGGGCAUCGUGAGCUGGGGCAUCGGCUGUGCCCAGGCGAGGAAGCCUGGUGUGUACGCACGCAUCACCAGGCUGAAGGGCUGGAUCCUGGAGACCAUGUCCUUGGGCCCCCUCCCCAUGCCUCCCACCUCGGCCACCACUACCAGCCACCUUCCCAGAGCAACAGCCAACCUCACUGUCCCUGGGGUCACCACCAGCAGACCUACCACCCCUGAGGCCACCAGCAAGGCGACCGUCUGCCCUCCAGACACAACAGCAUCCACCAGGAGCACCCCUGCUCGGGGACAGACGCCACCUGUGGUUGCCCCAGAAACCACCACGCACUCCCAGCCACCAGACUGCGGCCUGGCGCCGGCCUCGGCGCUGACCAGGAUCGUGGGCGGCAGCGCGGCGGGGCGCGGCGAGUGGCCGUGGCAGGUGAGCCUGUGGCUGCGGCGCCGCGAGCAUCGCUGCGGGGCGGUGCUGGUGGCCGAGAGGUGGCUGCUGUCGGCGGCGCACUGCUUCGACGUCUACGGGGACCCGAAGCAGUGGGCGGCGUUCUUGGGCACGCCGUUCCUGAGCGGCGCGGAGGGCCAGCUGGAGCGCGUGGCGCGCAUCUACAAGCACCCGUUCUACAACCUCUACACGCUCGACUACGACGUGGCGCUGCUCGAGCUGGCGGGCCCGGUGCGCCGCAGCCGCCUGGUGCGGCCCAUCUGCCUGCCGGGCCCCGCACCGCGGCCCCCCGACGGCGCGCGCUGCGUCAUCAGCUGGGGCUCGGUGCGCGAAGGAGGGUCCAUGGCGCGCCAGCUGCAGAAGGCGGCCGUACGCCUCCUGAGCGAGCAGACCUGCCGCCGCUUCUACCCGGUGCAGAUCAGCACCCGCAUGCUGUGCGCCGGCUUCCCGCAGGGCGGCGUGGACAGCUGCUCGGGUGACGCCGGAGGACCCCUGGCUUGCAGGGAGCCCUCUGGGCGGUGGGUGCUCACUGGGGUCACCAGCUGGGGCUACGGCUGCGGCCGGCCCCACUUCCCAGGGGUCUACACUCGAGUGGCCGCCGUGCGAGGUUGGAUAGGGCAGAACAUCCAGGAAUGACCACGCAUGCCCGCCCAGGACUGG